GAGAUGUUUUAAAGAUCGGCAUCCUGUCAUGGAAAUCAUACUCGUCUAAAUAUACCGAACGUUCUGGCAGGGCUCCGGACGAGCCCGAGGAGAACUCGGCGACGAGAUGAGCUACUACUACAAUGGUAUGGACGCGGAGGAGCUCAGUCGUCUCCCGCACGACAACCGCGCCAGCGAUACGAUAUCGGCUGUAGUUCUGUGUAUGUUUUUCGCGACGACGGCUGUGGUUUUACGAUUAUACACGAGGUACUUCAUUCUGAAGGGGGUUUGGUACGAUGAUUAUAUGGCAUUGGCCGGAAUGAUCGGGAUGCUUUCCAAUGGCAUAGUACAAUGCGUACACACAGGAUUCGGGCUCGGCGCGCAUAUCUACGACAUACAGGACGAAAAACAACUAGUUCAGUUCUUCAAAUUACUCUACGUCAUGACAAUUACUUACAAUACGGCCUUGAUGCUUAUAAAAUUCAGUUUAUUCCUCCAGUAUUACCGGCUAAUCCAGGAGGUACCUCAUUACCGUAUAUUCUAUCUCGCCACGAUGGCUGUAGUUGGAGGCUGGCUUAUUGCGCAAGAAUUCACUCUUAUUUUUCCGUGUUCGCCCAUACGAGAUUACUGGACGUUCGGUCCCGACCACAAGUGUCUGGAUGGUCAUCUUAUCGGAUGGAUGAACGCUGUCGGCAAUAUUGUAACUGAUUUAAUCAUCCUUGCACUCCCUAUCCCAGUUGUGAUGUCUUUGAACUUGAAAAGGGGAAGGAAAUGGGCAGUUCUAGGCAUUUUCGCUCUGGGGUUCUUCACAUGUAUCAUAUCGAUAUGCCGCAUGGUAUUCUUCGCCAAACUAACCGAUGAUAUCUCAUACGAUCUCGUGCCAGUUGCGGCGUGGGGGGAGGCCGAGUCUGCCUCUGGACUUAUCUGUUCGGCGCUUAUGGCAUUGGGACCACUGAUCCGCCGAUUUUCCCGCUAUUUUAAACUUGGUAAAAAGACAACAAGUACACCACCAAUAUAUUCGCAGAGGUAUUUCGGCCCCACGAAUCGGGACAAGAGCUUAUUAAGAACGAACGGUUCUAGGAGACCUUUCGACGGUAGCGAGACGGAGCUCAACCACAUGGAUCUCGAAGGAUCGCGGAAAACAGAUGGGCAAGAUGACGGAAGAUCGAUCCGAAGUACUAAAUCCUCAGAAGCGUCGAUGCCUAACCUUAAGCUAAACCUCGAGACUGGGAUAAAAACGAUUAUAAGUACGGGGAAUCGCGAUAGCAUGCAUUCUCAGUCGUUAUCCAUGGCACCUAACGGCAUUGUAGUAAAGCAAGUGUGGUCUGUUAGAAAUAGAGAGCCCGAUGAAGAGGACGGUUGAAUUAUGAUUAAUAUAAAGAUAAAAAUAUCGCU